AUGUCGUGCGUCAACGAUGAGAAUUUCGUGGCCGUCGCGCUCGUCAUCAACCGCUCCCGCGAUGGGCCGGCCUUUGUCUUCCACUAUCCCUCUCAUGUCCCCGCCCUCACCAACGGGCACGAUAAAUCCGAUGUCAUAGACGUCGAGGACAUUCUGUUUGAGCAGAUAGCACAGCCUGCCGGCGGCGAGUCUGCCCCCGAACCCGCCGAGGACGGGGGUGUCCGGGACGACCACUUCACCACCGAGGCGGGCGUUCAGGUCGUUCCUUGGGAGCACGUCGCCGGCUUUCCUGCCAGAGACCUUGCGGGCAUCUUGACUCCAGCCCGGCCCUACCACAAGAAGAUCUUUCAACUCUCCCUCGACCCGCUGCUCUGCAUCUCCUACCCUAUCCACGUGCCUGAAAACGGGAAGUGGAAGAAGACGAAAAAGGCCAGCAAGGAGGUUGAUGAAAGUAUUGCGCCAGACGAACCCAAUCCUCCACCCACCAUCAAGGCCGAUCUCGCUCCGGACAAGGCCAAAGAUGGCAAGAAGGACGACUCGGACGAAGACAAGCGCAGCUCCAUGACCAUGUUCAACCUCGUCUUCUUCCUAAAUCCCAAGAGGCACGAGGCCAAGGAGCUCGUCGACUCCUUGUUCUCCAAUAUCGUGAAGAAAGUCAACAAAGCAUAUCAGUAUAGCCAGCAGCACAGUGAGUUUGUGUGGAAAGAGUCUAAGCGUAUCCUGGCCGCAAAAGAAAAGGCUCGUGAAGAUAAAAAGAAAAUGAGUGCUCUGUGGAAAGAACUCAUCCAGAACUCUUCAUUAGCAGCCUCAAUGUGUGAAGUCUACAACGCCAUCUCUCAGAACAGGAUUGCGACAUUGCAUCUCGACACCGUGGACGGCAUCCUGACCCCGUCUGUUCAGAUCCCUGUACCCUUCUUCGUGGCCGAUCUGCCGGCAGAGGACGACGAGCGCCAUCGUGGCCUCUGGCUCACGACCUCCAACGCCUUUCUGAGCCAGGACGCCCUUGAGGAACCUGGAUUCUUGGACCGCAACUUUGCGCUCCUGCUCAUGGACGACGAGAAAAAGAUUAUCGCCGAGCUGCAAAACGACCGUGAUCCCACCACCGUAUCCAUGAUUGAGUUUGUGCGACUCGCGAAACCGACCGUGUCCUUCUACCAAGUUGGCCAAAGCAACAUCCUCACGCUGGAUCAGGUCCGCAAGUAUGCCCAGCACUUCAUCUUCUGGCGCCGCGCCAUCGCCAUCCCGCCUCUCCACCCCCGCGACAUCUACAUCGUCUCUCCCAACUGCGACCUCGGGAGGCUAUCCCAGGACGCCCAGGACUGGCAGAGGGCCUUCCCCCUGGCGCCGCCGCUGUCCACUUUCCUCGCCGAGCUGUCCGUGCUGCCGCGGCCGUACAAGCACAUCUCGCCCAGCAAGGCCCACCGGCCGCUGUACCUCCGCAUGCUGGCCUGGCUGAUGCGCGGCGGCUGGGUGACGCAGCUGUGCACGUUUGCUUACGUCGUCGUGUGGCCGGAGAUUCUGUACGAGGUCGACUACGAGAUGGAGGCGGAGGAGCUGGGCAUGGCCACCUCCCGAGCCCCCAACCCACCACCACAAUCCACCCUCUCCGCGGCCGAGCACUCCGCGGAAAUGGCCCGCCUCGAGCGCAUCGCCAUCAAGGCCCACCGCGAGGCCGCCGACAAGGCCACCGCCCACGCCCGCAAGGUCGCCCCCGUCCCCACGCCCAACCCGUCCCUCAACGACGCGCCGCACCUCGCCGGCCUCACGCCGCACAUCAUCCUCGACCCCAAAAAGGCCGCCGGCAAGGAGUCGCGCUACCUGGCCGCCAUCGCGCGGCGCUUCCGCGACGACAAGCUCCGCGCCGGUUGGCAGCUGCUGUGCAAGUACUUUGACGGGCGGUGCGCGCUCGAGAGGAUCGCGCUGCAGGAGGACAUGAAGAGGAAGGAGGCGUGGGCUUUGUUGACGGGCGUGAGGGAGUAUCUGCUCCUGACGCGGCAUUGGUAG